AUGGCGACCCUAUCCAUUCCCAAAAUUUUCUCUCUCUUCACCCCCUCGAAACCCACGCCGCCUCGGUCGCAAAUUCCUCGGCGACCCCUCGUGUCCGCCGCCGCGACCGACCAACCCAGGUGGUCUCCCCUCGUCCUGUCCGAUGAAUACCAGUCGUCGGUUUCCAGUUCGUCCGACGUCAUGCGCGUGGUGUGCCCCUCGCUCGCCAACGCGAACAUAUACUUCAGGUCACGACCAGUCAAUGUCGAGGUGAUCGUUGGCGAUGACGAGAACGACGACUGGGUCGAACGGUUCAUGAGGGAAGUCGCGCGCUCUGGCAUCCUCCAGGAGGUGAGGCGCCGCAGGUAUUUCGAGUCUAACCAGGAGAAGAAGAAGCGCAAGUCUCGCGAGGCCGCCAAGCGCAACAGCCGCAGGUUCGUUAACUCGAUUCCUUUUCGCCUCGUUUUACUUGGUUCUCAUCCAGUUACUAUCUCUUGGCAUUUGUUCUUUUGA